UCCUCCUUCCUCCGAGACGGCUCAGCGCCCCUCCUCCUCCUCCUCCUCCUCUCGCAUCCAGCCGAGUGAGAGCGGGAUGGAGCUUCGGAGCGGAGCGAUGGCAGUGGACAGGCCGGGGUCAGGCCAUUGAAAUCAGGCCACGAGUGGUGCGACCCCCCCCUCCACCCCUAACCCCCCCAACCCAACCUCCUCCCCCUAACCCCCCACCCCCCUCCCUCUACCCCCGGUGUGAUGUGGAUACCAGCGGCCGAGGCGCUGCCCGGCCCGGGACAGGCAGCAGGAAGGACGGCCGCAACGUGAAGAAGCGGUGUGGCGGGCCGGGGGGAUGCUGCUGCUGCUGAGGAUUAACGUGGCCAUGAUCGCAAGUCGCUGAAAGAUGAGCGAGGAGACGAACCAGACCGAUGAUAGUUACUUUGCACGUGUGCGAGCAGUGGUGAUGACCCGUGAUGACUCGAGUGGAGGAUGGGUGCCACUGGGAGGGGGCGGCCUCAGCUGUGUCACUGUUUUUAAAGUUCAUCUGGAUGACUGUGCUCGUGAUGAUUUUCUUAUCCAUGGGGAAAGGCUCCGGGACAAAACAGUGGUUUUGGAAUGUGCCCUGAAGAAGGAUCUAGUUUACAACAAAGUUAACCCAAUAUUUCACCACUGGAAGAUAAAUGAAAAGAAGUUUGGACUUACCUUUCAGAGUCCUGCUGAUGCUAGAGCAUUUGACCGUGGUAUUCGCCGAGCUACUGAAGCUAUCUCUGAAGCAGGUUGCCAAGAAACUUUCAAUGAAACAACGGUUUCUGACGAUAGCUUUCAAACACCUCAAGAAAAUGAUGCUGAUUCUUUGAAAAGAAAAGAGAGAAUUUUACGAUGUGACACUGUAGUGACCAAUGAACCUUGCAGAAGCUGCUAUGAUAGAACACCUCCGCCUGAGGAAUUCAAUUCUCGAAGACUGUAUUUUCCUGCUCAGCAGAAUCAGAUCAUGUUAAAAUCAACUAGGCAUGUCAGCUUUCAAGAUGAAGAUGAAGUAGUGAGGAUAAAUCCUCUAAAGGAUGUAUUGAUUAGGGGCUAUGAAGAUUACAGACACCCCAUUGUGCGAAAAAAUGAUUUGGAAACAGAAGUAGACUCGUAUGUGUGUUUUAAACCUGAAUCUAAGAAACAUGAUUAUGUAUAUCCUUCAGUGCAAGGGAUGGAAUCUGAUUCUGUUAAAGAUUCAAAAGGUUCUAUUGUAUUCAAAGCACAGCCCCCCACUUCACUGAAAUCAAAAAAAUCCAAACGAAGGAAAGAGGAUGGAGAGCGCUCUCGUUGUAUAUAUUGUCGAGAUAUGUUUAACCAUGAGGAGAACCGAAGAGGACAGUGUCAGGAUGCUCCAGACCCCAUCAAGAGGUGCAUUUAUCAAGUGAGCUGCAUGCUGUGUGCUGAGAGUAUGCUCUAUCACUGCAUGUCGGACUCUGAGGGAGAUUUCUCUGAUCCGUGUUCAUGUGACACUGGUGAUGACAAAUUCUGUUUGCGAUGGCUGGCACUUAUAGCCUUGUCUGUUAUUGCACCAUGCAUGUGCUGCUAUCUCCCUCUGAGAGCCUGCCACCAUUGCGGUGAGAUUUGUGGAUGUUGCGGAGGGAAGCACAAAGCAGCUGGAUGAUGUGAACAGUUGGGAGCCAAGCUGUGCGAAUAGUUAAUCUCCAGAUGACAUCAAUCCUGGCUCACGAGGGUUUUGGCCCACUGGUAUUCAAAGCCAGGAUCAGUUGCAGAGCUGUGCAAGUUUCCAAGUAUAGAGGAGAAGUGAUGUGCUUUAAAUGAUAAUGACAUUUCUCAAGGCCACCAUGUCUAAUACUUCGCAUGGCACAGUCUAACUCAAGAGGUCUUGUGAAGCAGAGAGGUCUUUGCUUUUUAGCUGUUAAUAGUGAACACUGUAUGUGAUGAUGCAGAAGGUAUUCAUUUUGCAGUUUUGUACAUUGAAUUGGCUAUGGGGCCUGGUGUCUCACAUGAAGCUUUUACUGAAGAGACUCGAGUUUUAGAUUAAAAGCACUAGGUAACUGUUUGAUUUUUAUUCAGAAAGAUUAUUUUAGAUUUUGGUUCUAAUAAGUAUUACUAUGUGCAUUUACAGAAUCACUUAUCCAGCAGUGCAGAUGAAUUUACUGUCUGAAUAAUUACAAAUUAUUUAACACAUGUAAAGUGUCAAACUCUAUAUAACUAAAUUUGAGAUAUGGCUUGUACUUGAAAUGUAAUCUUUCAGUCCUAUAUCAAGAUUUUGAUAUGUAAUGGACCCAUAGGUACAUCUUUUAUUUUUAAUUCAUUGUAAUAUGCAUGCUUGCUUAUGAUUUAGCAUUAUUUUGAAUAUUUUUCCACCUUCCCCAUAAAAACAGAAAAUAACUGAUUUUAAGAUGAUGUAAAAACUUAUUGAAAGUUUGGGGCAUAUUUAGAUUUCUAAUUACCUGAACACUUCCAAUAUUUUUGCACAACCAGCAAGUUUCCUGUCAAUGGUCCAAGAAGUCAGAUGACUUAAUGCAUUGAUGUAACUGGGAAUCGUAUGCUAUUAAAAAUCUAAAGAAAUAUAGUCAAUGCACACACUUCAGACCUAGCUUUGAGUCCGCAAGCUACCAAAAACAGUAGAUGUAGUUUUGGAAAAAUACAGUUUUAAUUUGUAAAUUAAGUGUAUGUUAGAACAUUUAAUGAUGCUAAACUAUGCUAGCUUAACUUGUUCUGAGAUUAUAAAAUUGAAUGCUUUUACUUUUUAAAAAAAAAACGACCACUAGGUGCUGAUUUCCCUGGAUAAAUUUUGCAUACAGACAUAUCUACAUUUUUAGUGUGGAGUGGUUCCUGUAAAUGUGUAUGUGGUUUUGUGUUGAAGUACAUAGGUAUGUGCAGAUGUGAUUUAAAAAUUGGAAUUUACAUUGGAGCCAUGCAGGCUGGCAGGAACUAGGCCUACACAGUGGAGAAGACAAAUUUUGAGAAUGAAUGAAUUAAAUUCUUGGACUUAAACAGUAAAAUCAAAUCUGCAGUUUAAAAAAAAUAUUAUUGGAUGCAUUCUUCACUUUGUGCAGAGCCUCUGGUUGUCAAGUAAUAUGUAGAAUAAACUUAAGUAGUUUACUUAGAGCACACAGGCAGAUUUGAUUUUGUCCAUUUUCUAUGCACACCUUUGUACUACAUUUUUUCAUGUCUGUGACUUUGAAGGGGAAAAUCAAGCUCAUGUGGUUGUGGUAGGAUCAGCUUCAGUCUAAGAUUUAAUGCUUCUAAAUGUUAUCAUAUUUAUUCACAGGAAAAUUACAUUUAAAAUUUAGGACUUUGGGUAAAGUUGUUUGGCCAGGUUCUGGCUUUUAAAUAUUGUAAAUAAAUAACCCCAUUUGUAAGAUAUUCCACUUUAGAAUGCAUCUAUUUAUCAGCUGUGAGUAGAUGGAAUGAACUGACAGCAUUCUGUACAUAAGCUAACUUUGAAUAUUAUUUCACAUUGAAAGUAGAGGCUAAAGAUAUGAGACUAAAUUUUAAAGAGCUUGUUUCUAGUUUUGUACCUAAUAGAAUGGCUUCACAAGGAAAAUUGUGGUGACGGGCAGUUAUUUCUUUUGCAAGUUUGAGUAUUUAAGGUUGUGUGUAAUGCUUCAUUAUAGGAUUCCAUCCAUGCUGAUGAACUUUGAUUUAUCAGUGUUCUGCACAUUAGGGGAUUCAAAACACAUUUUGAAUUGUAAUUAGAGUACUUGCACAUAGUCUGAGACCACCUGCUUAUUUUGUAUUUGUCUAUACAUCUCCGUUGUCCACAUUUUGAAAAACUGAUGUCCAUGUUUCCGUUUUGUUUUGAAAGAACUGCAAGCUAGCUGAGGAAAAGUCUGAUUGACUUUUCUGUCAACUGCAAUUAUUAACAUCCACAUAGACAUAACUAAAGCUGAAGUCUUACCAAUUCUUGCAUUCAGAAACUUUGUCAAAUUCUGCAUGUAUAAUGUCUACUAGGUAAGAUUUCUGUCAAAUGUUGUCCUGUAUGUAAUAUUCUGAGUGGAAACUCUUAAUUCAUGAGAUUUCAAAAGAUUCCUCAGGCUUCCACAUUUCAUUCAUUGUGUUUUUUCAUGUGUGUGGCUGCGCCAGUCUCAUUCUACCUAGGAAUUCCUGAAGUGCUUAAUAUUUUGCAUUUGCUUCUCAUCUGGGGUCUGGUCAGAAAAGUGUGUAUAUCGGUUUGUUCAUUUUCACAUUAAAUGAAUAUUAAUAGUACCUACAUCUGGCUAAAUCAAUUUCAUUUUUCCAAAUAUUAAGCUGGUCAUCAUAAGUUAUAGAGUGAAUUGUAAAUUGAAGGUAGAGCUUGAAAAAGAAUCUAUCAUCUUUACUGGCUGCCUAGAAAGUGUGAUUUACCAACUGUUGCCAUGUAAUAAGCCUUAAACUCAAUUUCUGACCUUUUCACUUUUCACUCUUGUAUUGAUGUUGUUGUUCUUGUGAUUGGGUAAACUUUUCUUAAUGUACAUUUGUGAAAGUGAACUGGUGCACAUAUUAAAUUUUCACAUGCAUUCUAUUAUUUUCUGUUCUCAUUAUGCUUGGUUUUUAAUUCAAAAGUUGCUUCCUUCCUUUCAUAUCCUUUUCCCCAUGUGCAGAUGGAAUCAGUGUUUGUAACUUUUUAAACAAAGAUCCUUUAGCAAAAAUAUUAUCAUAGUGGAAAUCAUUUCCUAUUUAAUUUGGAGACAGAAUUCUAGUUGUCUGUAGACUGUUAAUCAUUAAAUAAUUCUGAAUAUAAUCUUAAGCUGCUUUAUAUAUUUUUUCCCCUUUGGGUCCAGAGAAGGUCUGAGAGUGCUAGCACUGUGGAAUGUAAAGUGUGAUUAUCCCCAAUAUAACAAUUUGCUGGCUUGUGGCAAAGUGUUAUCUGUUGUAAUUGGUAUACCUUGGCCUAAGAACGAUCAGGCACUACUAACUAGUAUGGUGCAUCUAUCCAUGUACUGAAUUUGUAUGCAAUGUUUGCUUUAUGGAUUUAAACAAAAAAGCCUACAAGGCAUGCUAAUAAUGCUAAUUGACCCUUCUGAGUACUGAUGGUAUUUAUUCACUGUUAUCUUUUUAAAGCAACUUUGUUCUACUUCCACUUUUUUAAACGCUAUGCUUUCCAAAAUAAGACAUCAAUAGAAACCUUAAUCUAUAGAAUGUCUUGUACCUUUUUGAUUUUUCUCCAGAUUCUGUCUAUUGUUUGCUUAGUGCCACUUGCUUGAUACCUAGCCAACUUCCAAAAAGUGCCUCGCUUGUACAUUUAAAAACUCCAUCUAAAUUUGACUGAUAUUGUACUUGGUACAUUUCAAUUUUAGGUCUUUUUAUUUUUGUGUUGAAAAGAUAUAAAGUCUGUGAUGUACAAUUUAGUUUAACUCCUGCCUUGGGUGUAAUUUCUUAAAUGUAUGAGGGUGUAGCUUCUUAAUUUCUCAAAUAUAUAUAAUGUAAAUAUGCAUAUAAGUUUGUAACUGAUUUUGUUACAUCAUACACUUGUAAUUUGACAUAUCAAAUAAGUAUCAUAAUAAAACAGUAAGUUUUAAUUUCUUUA